UUGAACUGCAGACUAGCGGUCUUUGCUUUCAACUGAACGUUUCUUCGUCCUCUGGCUGCUUUAACUUGACGGGCGAGUAGGCCAAAGCUGUCUUCCUGUGACCCUGUCCCUCUGCGCUUGUGAUUGUUUUCUUUUCUCAAGAAAUAUCACUUGGUAGUUUGUCAAAUUCAAGAAGCAUCCCUGGAAAAACAGUCGUGGGCAGGCGCGGACGCAGCAUUGUAGUUGGGGGCAGUUAACUGACCUUUCUACAACUUCUCAGCUCCGAACUGCUGUUCUUUGUCGUGGAAGGAUAUCUUAUCCUGUCUUAAUAAUGACAGCUGAAGUGCGAAUGGUACUUUAUGAAGAUGAUUCAGUGCAAGUACAAUAUGCUGAUGGUUCCAACUUGCAACUUUCUCCCUGUGGCUCUGAAUUUUUAUUUGAGAAGUCACCUCCUAUUUCAGCACAUCCUUUAGAACAACCAGAAAGAAUUCGUCAAAGGACACACUUUGUUAUUAGCACUUACCGAACACGACUACAGCGAGCUCUAGAUUUUCGAAAUUCUUCGGCUACUCACCCUUUUUUAUCUGAAAACAUCAUCCCUUCUGAAAGAAAAAAGCAUGUCUUCAUUGACAUCACAGAAGUGAGAUGGCCCAGUCUUGAUGCAGAUAGUAGCCUUAUACAUAUGGAGAAUGGCACUGUGAAGAUAACAUCUUUAGAUGGUCAUGCAUACCUUUGCCUGCCCAGAUCUCAGCAUGAAUUUACAGUACACUUUUUGUGUAAAGUUAGCCAGAAACCAGACUCAUCUAUAGUAUUGUUAGAAAAAAUUCAUCAAGCCCAAAAAGACAACCUAGUUGAUAAAACUGGCAAAAGCUAUACAUUUGGAAAUUUAUCAAGACACAGACAGAAAAGUAAAGAAAAUGAACUUUAUGGCCACAUCAUGAAAUCCAACGAACCUUUAAAGAAGAUGAGUUGCGUAAAUGGAACUGAAGGGAGGGAAGAGCUGCCUUUGCCUAGGACAAAACCCACAUGUGUGUACACAUGGAUAAAGCAGCACUGGUCUGUGGCAGCCUGUCCAGAGGAGUGGAAAUAUCCUUUGUCUUUAGCUCUUCGUUUUCAUAAUAAAGCUAGCAAAAUUGAUGCAGAUAUCACCCAGAAUGAAAUUUUGACUUCUGAUGUUUCAGAGGAAAGAGGAAAAGAGGUUUCUGUUCUUCCUAGGGCCCUGUUACUCAGCUGUCCUGUCCCACACCUGCACAGGUGGAAUUUUUGUAAUUCACUCUUCCAGAGACAGUCUGAUGAAGAAUUUUCCUACCCUGAACUUGUGAAAGUAGUUUGGUACAAGGGUGUUACAUAUAGACUUACCCAUCAAAAUACGAACUCAAUGGAGAUUUAUCCUGGAAAUGGAUCUAUUUUCAAAUCCGAAGGAGCUUAUUUUGGGAAGUAUUUUACAUAUUACUCCAUUCAAGAAGGAUCAGAAGAGAAAGAAGAGAAAACUUAUUCAGUGAAUAAUCUUCCUCCAGAUAGACCAGGAAGUCCCUUCUCUGUGUGUUCUCUAAUUAAGCAGGCAACCAGAAUUCUUCAACAUUGUGCGAAAACGAGACUUUCUUUAAGCCAUAACUAUCGCAUAUGCUGCUGGAAAAUGGUACUUGGGAUCAAUGACAGCAAAAUACUGCCUUUGCUUUUGAAAGAAUCGUUCAUACCCAAUGUGGGAAGAUUUCUUGCCUACUCUGAUGAUAAAGUACAUGCUGUCUUUUUAGAUGGUAUUACACUAACACUAAAUUGGAAUUUCAGCUCUUCUGUUGAAAAGAGACAAGUAAAUCAAGGUCUUAACUUGGGUUGGUGUAAAUUAACUUUUCUUGAUGGACAAGAUCAAUUAAUUAAGAUUGAACACCCUGGAACAUAUGAAAGAUAUGUGACAACAGUAAUAUCAUGGUGCAGAAGGCUGACCCAGACUAGUCCCAAAGAGAUGCCCGCACAUCCAUCCUCUUUUAUUCUUGAAGAAAAUUGGUCUGUUGCUUCGGAACUUGAAAAGAUACAGAAGUUCAAUCUGCUGCUGGAGAACAGUGGAGUCCUUAAUGAGAUUUCUAACAAGAAAAAAGAACAGUUGUCUGAUAAUUGUAAAUCAAGAUCUACAGAAAUCUUGCUAGAAGAAGUUAAUGAAAAGAGAGUAUCAGUAGCAUUGCAAAAAACUUCUGAAAUCCUUCAAGAUAUUGACUGUCUUCUAUCAAACUGUAAAAAGUGAAAAGUGGAAUUAUUAUAGUAUAUUAUUAAAUCUUAAGGAUGUUGUUUCAAGUGACUGGUGUAAUAUUACUAGUAAGCCAAGAAACAGUAUGUAUCACUUUUACACAAUGAUUGCAUGAGAAUUGACGUUUAAUUUUGGAGGUAUUUUACCUAACUUGUAAAGUUUUAAAAAUAUAUCUAUAAUAUAUUGUACUAAUAAAGAACUAUUUGAAAUUUUGAAC